CAGGAGCUACAGUGUGGCCUGAGCAGGCCGAGCCAGCACCAGUCUCGCCUACAUGACGCCGCCACGCUCUCACACAGCUGAUCUCAGCCGCUACUGCAACUUCUGCUGUUCAGGCAACAGAGCAAGGAGCUGCACGGUGCACUACUGGACAGAGUAAACGUGAGAGGAGAAGGAGAGGACGGAGAAGAUAAACAACAGAAGAAAAGGAACUGAAGUUUCAAGGCAGAGAAGUGGAGCACAUGAAGCUGUGGAUGAAAUAAUAGGUACAGACUGCAAACUUGUCAUUACUGACAAACCUUGAAUGGAAAAAAGUGCUGUUGAAGGUCAGUGGCAGAGUGAUUCCAAUUUUGCAGAGAGGACAAGAAUAUUAAAUCGAGACUCAUUUGGGGGAAAGGUGAUUCAGAGCGAAGGCCAAUUUGCCUGAAAAGAUAUCUCAGAGGAGCGCUUUUGUUACACUCGACAGAUUCCUGUUUGUUUUCCCUCAAGGUGAAAAGCAAUAUUAUUAUCAAGAGCCACCUCGGCUUGGACUGUCACCUGGACACCUCGGGACUAGAGUCACCCCAGCAGCUCUUUGGGCAGCUGUCACAGUCGAGAUGAUCCACAACACCCUGAAGUCUACGGAGCCACCGGAGCACAGCCCCAGGAGGACACACUCAGCCGCACAGAGGAAGCUGUGGCGAUACUCGGGCUGUAGAGGCGCCGGCCAGGUGGAGAGUCAACGUCGCAGCGUUUGCGUGUUGGCUGCGGACUUGAACACUGGAGAGGGAGGAGGAAGAGGAGGAGGAGGAGGAGGUGGUGGUGUGAUGCACACUAUCCACGGGCUGUGUCACCUCUGCAUCGGAUGUAGGCUGCCUCAGGUGACCAUCCUUCGAGGAAAGGAUGGAUAUGGAUUCACCAUCUGCUCGGAUUCCCCUGUCAGGGUGCAGGCUGUUGAUCCAGGGGGUCCAGCAGAUCAGGCUGGUCUGCAGCAGCUGGACACUCUCCUGCAGCUAAACGGCCAACCAGUGGAGCAGUGGAAAUGUGUGGACUUAGCUCAUGCUAUAAGAAACAGUGCCAAUGAGAUCACAGUGGUGGUGUGGCGUACCGGCCCCUCAGUCAAACCUAACUUUGAAGGCCUCAUCCACCGGCCCUCCUACAAACCGUCCACGUCGAACUACGACGCCCCCUCGCCACCGACCCGCAGGCGUGCGCCAGAUGUCGGCCCAAGCAAAACCCCCCCAGCCGUGCCGCCCCUCCCGGCCCACCACCGUGCCGCUGCCACCCGCAGGCUUCUGGUCAACGGCUCCGAAGCUGGAAACAGCGGCGGCUUGGGCAUGGGGACCCUGGCGUGGGGGGCCCAGGGAGGGUCUGCAGAGGAGCUGGAUGGGAAACCGAGACACCUCCACCAUCCUCACACCGCCACGCUGAAGGGAACCAGGGUGAAGGCCUCCAACGGGGACAACUACAUCAUCCUGGCGCCCAUCAACCCUGGAAGCCAGAUCUUGAGGCCUGUUUAUCAAGACAACCAGGGGACGUUAGCCGCCAGGUUAUACCCCACUCGGCAGACUUCUGGUCCACAGCCCCAGAGUGGUGGCAGUGGGGUGUUUUCUGGAGGUAUGACCAGUGGUGGAGGUGGAGGUGGGGGUGGUGGUGGCGGAGGUCUCUCCAGUCGCACCGGCUUCCUCCGUCGAUCCAACAACUCCAAGACAUCAAAGGCGUCGUCCACCUCCACAUCCACUAAUGCUGGUAUAGCCAACUACCAACAGCAGAAUUCCAAUUUUGCCAACUACCAGAACUGCACCAUCGUCCGCUCACAUACUCCACACGGCAACUAUGGAUAUGUCAAAGUAGCACCCAAGAUCCUUAUAUUUCCCAUCUUUGUUCAGCCUCUUGACCUGUGCAGCCGAACCCUCGUCAUAUCUGAGGAGAUGAUACUACAUGAGAGUAAGCACCAUUCUCUCAAGGUUACAGUGUUUGUCUACAACGACCUGAUGCUGGUGACGAGAGAGAACGAACCCGGCAGGUGUAACGUCCUUCAGAGUCCCCUGUACCUCCGACAGCUGCGACUCCAGGACGAUUACGCCGAAGAACUGAGAUUCUACCUUAUACACAUGACGGAGAAGUGUGACUGCCUGCUCAGCCUGGAAGCCUAUUCAGCCGACCAGAAGCGCCGAGUGUGUCAGUGCCUGAAGGACAACAUUGACAAGCAGCUCCAGCUUCACAGGAGGGAGGCUCCCGUUCCGCAUUUCGAACAGAUGUUAGAGCCUAAGGUGGAUGCCCCUUCAUGUGAGCUGGGCGGAGUAGGAGGAGAUCGAGGAGGUGUUUGCCUCCACCUGCCCCCACGAAGCUCCGAGGGCGAGGAAAGCAGCCUGUACCCCUCCAGCCCCUCUGAGCCCCCCACACUGGGCAGCCCUCACCCCUCAGAGCCUCUCACCCCUUUGGAUGAGAUCUACACACCCCUUGGAGGUCUGGUGGGAUCCGAGGAGCGACACAAGGUGCCUCCGACUCCACCUCCUUCCACGGAGGGCGAGGACUGCAAGAGCAUAGAGGGGCACGAGAUGGAGAUCUGGAGAGAGAGGAAGGAUGAGGACAGCAAGGGGGAGAUAGGAGGAGAAGAGGAGGAGGAGGAGGACAUGGCCAGCAGAAAGAGUGCAGGAAGUGAGGAGGGGGUUAAAGAAGGAGGAGAGGAUGACGGUGAAAGGAAUGACGAGGAGGUCAACCUGAACCUGGUGGUGUCCAACACAGAUGAGGACAACGUCUCAGAGCCGCCCGACACCAACGCCCCACCUUCCUCCUCCUCGUCUUCAUUCGUCAUCCCCGAGCUGCGCCUCGAUCGCUCCUUCAGCGCCGACGCCCUCUCCUCACCCAACACCGAUGAAGAAGAGUACGACGAAGACGAAGAAGAGGAGUCCGAAGAGGAGGACGACGAAGACGACAGCGACGACGCCUACCUGCAGCGUACUGACAGCAAGCGCCGCAGCAUGGUGGAGGGGGCCACCUGCGAGAAACACGGAGGAGGGGGCCUCAGUGUGCAGAACUCCCUCCGCAGGCGCACGCACAGCGAAGGCAGCCUCCUGCAGGACCCGCGCACGCCCUGCUUCACCUCCGACAACGCCAUCAACUGCCUGGAGGCCGGGGGAGCGCGCCACAAGAGCGGCUGGACGCUCCCAUCGCCCAAAACCUUGAAGAAAGAGCUGACCAAGAACGGAGGCUCCGUGCAUCAGCUGUGCAUGCUGUUCUCCGGGAGGAAGCUGAGCUCCGGAUCCCCCUGUAGCUGCGAGGUCGGCCCCGAAGGCACGAAGAAGAAGAAAUCCAAGAACCUGGCCAAAGACAUGAAGAAUCGGCUGGCUUUCCUGCGGAGGAGGAAUGAAUCCCCAGGAAGCAACCCAGCCAGCAAGUUAGACAAAUCUAUGAAGUCAGUCAAGCCCACCCCAGAAGAGGCACUCAAAUGGGGGGACUCACUUGACAAGCUGCUGGCACACAAAUAUGGCCUGGCAGCGUUCAGAGCUUUCCUGCGCACAGAGUUCAGCGAGGAGAAUCUGGAAUUCUGGCUAGCAUGCGAGGAAUACAAGAAGAUCAAGUCGCAGUCCAAGAUGGCCUCCAAAGCCAAGAAAAUCUUUGCAGAAUACAUCGCCAUCCAGUCUUGUAAAGAGGUAAACCUGGAUUCCUACACUAGAGAUCACACUAAGGACAACCUGCAGAAUGUGACACGCUCCUGCUUUGACCUAGCACAGAGGCGGAUAUACGGGCUGAUGGAGAAGGACUCAUACCCUCGCUUCCUGCGCUCAGAACUCUAUUUGGACUUAAUCAACCAAAAAAAGCCCAGCUCCACUUCGACUUCAUCUUCAUCAUAAGAGAUGAAACAAACAAAAAAAAUAUAUAUAUAUAUAUAAGGAGAAGAGAAAGAUGAUGAAAGAAAAAAAGGGGCAGACUUGAAAAAAACACAUAGUGGGUGGUAUGUGAGCUUCUUUGUUUGCCUUUUUCAUUUUUUUUGUGUCUUGUCAUCCUGUUCGCUAUUAUUUCUCGUUGUUAUGGUGUGAGAGGACGCGGCAAAGCUAUGGCACUGCAAAGGAAUGUAGUUUACACAGUUACCAGGUGGAUGGAUGAAUGGAUGGACUGGUGAAUGGAUGGAUGGAUGAUGCUAAAAAUAACAGAUUCCCAUGAGCAAGGGCUGGAGCAGGAGCUGGACGCUUGUCUGAUCACUGUUUUUUAUAGUUUUGGGUUUUUUUUGGUUUAAGUCUCUUGUCAGGAAAAAAAACAAACAUUUGUUGUGUUUUUUUUUGUCCAGUUGUACUGGAGAAAAAGAGGGGUUGCAUCAAAAACCCUGCAGACAUGAAGACAGUCCGGUACUGUUUUGUCACUUUUUUCCUUUAUUUCUAUUGAGACUCUCCCUCCUUUUUCCUCCACCGCGUUCUCUGUGAAGCGACUUCAAAACUGUUGGUACUUUUUCUUCGUGGUUUUUCAUCAGACUCCAAACUUUGCGAUGGAAGAGGGGAGGAAAAAAACGAGAUGAUGUCUGAAUGAAAACUACCGUUCUGGCUGUAUUUCGCACGCAUCUGUUAAACCCUGCAUUCACGCACAGCUUCUAUAAAUGGCUUUCACCUUAUUCAGACUGUGGGAAGAUACUGUGAGCGUUCGACAGGGACACGAACGGAGACAGAGCCGGACAAAGAACAUAAAUGUAUGAAUAACAGACGGACUGGAGCUGUGACAGAACACAGGCGUGUGUCACAUUAAAAGACGUGAAAAGUCGCAGUCGAAGCCAGAGAUGGAAAAAAAAAGACGACUUGCUUCCUGUCUCCGAAGACUGUUUACAACGAGGAAUGAAAACUGAAGAAGAAAAAGAGGAAAAAAAGUGUUCCGUGCAGCCAAAAUUUCCUUUAACAUUGUAGCUCAUUCUGGACUAAUUGAGGAAGCAUUCUCAGGACAUUGCUAUGGCAGGUUAAAGCUUGGUUAUUUUCUUCUCCACUCUUUUUGUUUUUCUACACACUCACUGUUUAUUUGUAAACGCGUUAGGAUUCCAACCUGCACUCCCUUGUUCUACUGAGCAAUGCACGAGAGGUUGCUCGUUUCGUAGUCAGAGAAAAAGAGAAAAUGCUUCGUGUGUACAAAUGUUUGCCUAUUUAUUUAGAUUAACUUGGUGGAUGCUUCUACAGACACCCUCACGUCCUCCAGAGCACUCAGCUAAACGCUCUCACUUUCCUCUUAACCACCAAACAGGUCCAAUGCUGUCCUGAACUUUAAGUGCAAUAUUUUCUUUUUUUUUAAAUUCUUAUUUUAUUAUUAUGUUUGGUUUUGUUCAUUUAUUUGGAUAAUUUUUUGGAUUUUUAACGGGGAAGGCAGAACAGCUUGAGCUCUGUAUUAACUUUAUUUGUUAAGAGAAAAAUACUUAGAGCUAUAAGGUUGACUUACAAACGUAAAAACUUUCAAGAAGCAUAAGUAGUUUAAUGAAUUUUAAGCAAGUGAUUCUAACUGUGUGUUACCCCCCCUAGCAGCAGGCAGCCGGGGGUUGGGGCGUUAUGGUUGUAAAUAUAAUUCUUUAAGAAAACUAUGUGAUAACACAUUAAAAACAAACAAAAAACAAGAAGCCAAUAGGUCUCUGCUGGUGAUGAAUGUGGGACCCAGCUGUAUCUAUGUAAAUAUGAGAGACUCAAAACUAUAAGAUGACAUGUAUUGUUAAAACAAACAAAAGAAAUAGGUGCAGGGGCAGGUACAAUCUGCUCUGUUCCCAGGUCAUACACUGCUUGUAAGGAGUUUUCUGAAAUGCAUUUUAUCAUUUUCACUGUUUACAAUUCAAAAUGCAUCUCCUAUGAUAGCAAGUGAAAACAGUAGAGUACAUUUGGUGUCAUUGCUAAUGAUAAAUAAACCAACCAACUGAUGAAGUAA